AUGUACCAGAGAGGGGUGGAAGAACAUUAUGAUGGAUUUGUUGUCAGUGGACUGAAGUGCCUCCUGCCACAGAUCACCCAAGGCAGCUACAUUGGUGCCGUUGCAGGGAGCCUUUUAGACUUUGAAAACACUCUCACUGUCACAUGCAACUCUGGAUACCAGCUGGGUGCCAACUCCAUCAACACCGUGAGCUGUCAGGCUAACAGAACUCUCACUCAAUUACCCCAGUGUGUUGUGAAGAGCUGCCCUGCUCCAGAAACAAAUGUUAGCCGUGCUACCCUGUUGACUCGAAGGAGCACCCAUCUCUAUGGUGACUUGGUUGAAUAUCAAUGUGAUAUGGGCUUCACACCUGGACGCACAUUCAGGAAAUGUGGCGACAGUGGCUGGUCAGAUUUAACACCAUCUUGUACAGCCAUUCAGUGUACAGAUGAUAGGCCCAAUACUGGUCUGUCCAACCCAGCAGUUGUAUCAGGAAAUUACAACUUCAACUCCAGACUGGAUCUCAACUGUAGCCAGGCAGGUGGUGCUAUCAAGUUCCAGCAUUACAGAUUCUGUACAUACAACAUGGCCAUGGAUAAAUAUGAGCUCCAGGGAUCACCAUAUGAUUGUGGGGAGGUUGACUGUGGAAUACCGAUGGCGUAUUCAGGAACCAACUACGCUGCUUCUGUUGUGAACACAAAGUUUGGCAGCCAGUUUACGUUCACAUGUUCUGCUGGAAAUACAAGAUUUGGGAGUAGUGAAGCUGGCGACAAUGUUGUGCGAUGUACAGAAGACGGAUACUGGGACUUUGGAAGCCUGUCCUGCUUUGGUCAGUCCUGUAUUGACCCUGGUGUUCCCCUUUGGGGACAGAUUGUCGCAACACAAAGAUCGUUUGCUGACCAGAGCACAGUCACCUACCAAUGCCUGAGGCCCGGGUACAAUAUCACAGCCGGACCCACAACCAUCACCUGUCAGGGCAGCUCUUGGAACAACGCACAGACACCUGUAUGCACAGACACUGAAAAGCCUGUGAUAGCGAACUGCCCUUCCAGCGGUAUUGUCCUCAACCGAUAUGAGAGACUGGCGGGAUAUCUACCAAUUCUGUCGGUUACAGACAACACUAUGGUGCGAGAUCUAGUUGUUAUCCCCAGGAAUGCUAGGACUACCUACUACGUGGAGGCGCCACUCACAGUGAUUUUCACUGCAACUGAUCACGCUGGCAACAGUGCUUCUUGCAGUAUUCCAGUAACUCUCCGGGAUGAAACUCCACCAAGCAUUACCUGUCCAAAUGUUCAGAUAAUAGAGCUGAGAAUUCCAGGAGAAAACAGAACCAACCCCCUCAGCCAAAGUUUGUUCACAAUAACAGACAAUGUUGACCCAGCACCAGUGUUAAGCUACAAAACUUCGCUUCCCACAAUAUUUACUGAAAAUGAUCUGUACAAGACGUUCACAUAUGAAGUUGAGGCCAGGGAUACCAGUAACAAUUAUGCAACAUGUCAGGGACAGAUUUAUGUCAGACCUGCAACCUGUAGUGAAUUAAGUUUUCAAACUCCUUUGUUUUCUACAAAGUCCUGCACAUUUGACAGUGGUACAAACACUCGAACCUGCACUAUCACAUGUAAUGAUGGAUAUUUAACAUACACAAGCACUACGGGCAUAUCCGUGGUGAAACGGAAGACGCGGACGUUCACCUGCAACUCUGGAACCUGGUCGCCAGCAUUAAUAACGUCUUGUGUUCAAGAUACUCAACCACCAGUGCUUACAUGUCCUCAAAGUCAAGUCUUUCCCCUGGGAAGCUCAGAAACUAAAUUCCUCAACUUCACUGAUGGCACAUUUGCUGGUUCAGUCUUGGAUGCCAACAACAUUUUAUCAACUGUUUAUACACCAGCCUCUCUUAGUUUAUCAGCAGCCGACGCCUACGUGGCUAGACCAAUAGUCAUGACAGUAACUGAUGCAGCACAGCGGAGCUCCUCUUGCACAUUUCAGCACCUGAUUGUCACCCCGACUCCUACCCAAGCCCCCUAA